AUGGCUGCCUCAGAGCCGCAACCAACAAACGGCGAGGUACCUAAAAACUUCGAAGGGCUCCAGCCGGCCAAGCAUGCCGAAGAUCCGGGCUCCGAGCCCGACAGCUUUGCCGAGGAGGAGGUAGAAGACUUGCGGAAAGCCUUGCCUGUUCGCCCUGGCCACUUGUGGAAUGGUGAGAGUCCCGAACCUGAUGCUUGCGAUGCUUGGGAGGUGCAGGCUGACGUGGGCCUCGCAGCUCUUCUGGAGCGUCAUCACAAAGUGCUGCAGGGAAGGUUCGAUCAACAGGAUGAGCUGCUCAGGCAACUUCUGCUGAGCCUGGGGCAGCAGCUUUGGAGUUUGAG